AUGAGAUUUAUACACAAUUGUAUGAUACAACGUGAAUCAAGAACAACGGGCCCAAUCACCGUACAAGAACUAUUUAAAGCUAAAAUGAAGCUGAUUCAACAUUGCCAGUAUAAUACUUACAAAGAAGUGAUAAACAAUUUGAAAUCUGGUAAAUCACGACUUCCAUUGGUACGACAGUUACGACUUUACCUAGACCAAUAUGGUUUUAUCAGAUGUGGUGGUAGAAUACACAAUGCACCUAUAGAUGAAAAUACAAAAUUCCCUAUUUUACUGCCAGCCAAACAUCCUCUGACACGACUAAUCAUACUUGAUGCACAUGAAAAACAACUUCAUUCCGGAAUUAGUGCUACUAUAUGCCACAUACGACAGACAUUUUGGAUUCCUGUGAUACGACAAAUGUGUAAGAUCUCAAUCCAAAAAUGUACGACUUGUCGUAAAGUAAAUUCUAAACCCUACCUUGUACCAGAUCUACCACCGUUUCUAGCAUUCAGAGUUGAAAGCUCACCACCAUUCACAGUUACAGGUUUAGAUUUCAUUGUAGCACUUUAUGUCCGAGAAGAAACCGGUAGGGAGUCAAAGGCUUAUGUAUGCUUGUUUACAUGCGCAUCCACCCGAGCUGUACACAUAGAACUCGUGCAUGACCUUUCAGAAGACACAUUUAUGCAAGCAUUUCGGCGAUUUGUUAGCAGACGGUCACUGCCUAAACUCAUAAUAUCUGACGACGCAACGACAUUCCAAGCAGCAUCAAACACUUUAAAGUCCUUGUUAGAAUCACAUACAUUGAAGGAACAGCUUGGAUUUAAAGGAACUGAAUGGCUAUUAUACCAAAACAGCCCCGUGGUUUGGUGGAUGAGUGGUCAUAGAGAGCAGACGAUACGCGUUGGUGACGUAGUACAGGUGCACGAGGAAUGUCCUAGAAUACGUUGGAAACUUGCCGUGGUAGACGAAUUGAUGCCCGGUCGCGAUGGAUUGAUCAGAGCAGCAAAGAUUCGUACCGGAAGUGAUCAUACAACAAGACCCAUUGCUAAACUUUAUCCGUUAGAGAUAAAUGAGAAAGAGUAA